AUGGCUUGGGGAAAGAAGCUGUUACACAGUCUGGUUGUGUGGGCCCGAAUGCUUCGACAGAAGGAAGAGCUAAAAAAAAGUCUAGAAAAUUUUCGUCUAAGUAUUCCAGAUGUUACACACCUCAGGAUCCUGGUAGCUGGGCAAAUUGGAGCAGGGAAGUCCAGCUUCAUUAACUCUGUCAAUAAUGCAGAUUUGCCUUUUGAAAUCUGUGACGUAAUGGGCUUAGAACCUGAUAAAUUAUCUGUGUGUCAACCUGAUGACAUUGUCAAAACCAUAUUUGGCCAUGUGAAGGAGGGAUAUACAGAAAAGCCACUCUCUAACGAGGAUGAACAUUACAAGGAAACCCCUUCACUGUCGGAUCAAGCUUUCUGCCUGGUUUACAUCAUUGAUGGAAGUAGAAUCCAACUCUCUGCAGGCAAUAAGAUAUUUACUGAGAAGCUAAGGAUCAUCCGCCAGAAAAUCAGUGAUAAUGGGAUUCCUCAAGUGAUUGUCAUGACCAAAAUAGAUGAAGCAUGUCCGCUGGUCAACAAGGAUCUGAAGAAGGUCUACACUAGCAAGAUCAUCAAAGAGAGGAUGGAGUUCUGCAAAAACAUUGUGGGCGUGCCAAUGAACAGUAUCUUUCCAGUGAAGAACUACCAUGAUGAGAUUGACCCAGAUGACCUUGUUGAUGUUUUGAUUCUCAAGGCAUUUGAACAGAUUGUGCGUUUUGCUAAUGCAAGACUGAGGAGGGGUGCUUCAAACGAAUGA